AUGAUCGGACUUUUGGUGCUUCUCGUAAGUGUCCAGGCUUGGUCGUUGGACUCACUGGAUAAUCCUGCAUCAACCGACGAUGAGCUGUUGUCUGCUCAGCUUCACCAGAUCGUUGAAUUCUACAAACAGCCCGAUCCGGUUGGACUUCCGAUUGGUCCAACGUUGGACCCUAUGCCGAUUCCACCAAUCAAACAUUCAUUCGCUCUAUCCACCAUGCAUAUGCGGGAUGUGCUGACCCACGGACUGUCCAAGCUAAGGAUUCGGCUUUUCGAGGUAGAGCUGAGCCAGAUGAGAGUUCGCGCAGAGGUGAAGGUCGACGAAUUGCUGAUCAAUGGCAGUUACACGCUCACCUCGUUACUACAAAGUUCCAGUGGACCGUUUAGUGUACAGUUGACUGAAGUCGUUACGGCAGCGAAUGUAAGUCUGGUGGUCAAUACCGAUGGAAUGCUGCAGACCCAGGACAUCGAAUUAGAUUUUGGGCUCGAGGCAAUGAGCUCCGAUUUCCAGAAUCUGGGUUUCAUGGGGCGAAUAUUCCAGAGGCUGGUAAAUUCGGCACCAAACAUGAUAUUGGACAUGAUCAAGCCAUUUAUGCUUCGGGAGGCUUAUACUAAAAUUCAGAAGGGAAUGGACGAUUAUUUUGAGGAACUCAAUGACAAAAAAGGUAUGGUGUUUGUGAAUUCUAUUUCACCACUGGAUUUUUUAAUCGCGGAAAUACGGAUGUCACUUAGAAGAAAACAUUUCGACCCUUAUGAGCUUCCUGACUACAAAACGGGAAUUGGAAUUUUCGGAGUUAAAUUGUCGAAUAGUAUGCUGAAGGGUCUGACGGGUUUCCACCGAAUUGGAAAUGUUGGUUUCACAAUCAGCAAUAAAACAGCCGAUUUGGAAGUCCAAGCAGGAACUGGUAGGCUCGAAGGAGCGACCCAAUGGGAAACCUCACCUUUUUCAAGAUCUGGAUCUUUACACUUCACGGUCGAAUAUGUACGAGUAAUCAUUCUGUUCCAACAACCACUAGAUUUGCGACGAAAGCCUAGUCUCAAAGAUUUACAGCUGGAAGUGGGAAAUAUCCAGAUCCAUUCGUCGGGCAUUGGUACGUUGGAUUAUCUGGUGGAAGCGGCGGUAAAUAUUUUACCGAAUCUGGUACGGUACCAAAUUGUAGAUGCCAUCGAAGGUCCCUUGAAGGCGCGAAUCCGCGAAAAGUUUGAAUGUAUGAACAUGGAACAGCUCGUCAAACGGCACGUGCUGGAAUUUGAACGCCGGGGAGCCGACAUGGAGAUCGAUUGGCGAUUGUGCGAAAGACGAAUCCCCAGUAGAUAGAGAGAUAAAUAUUUAAAACAGAUUACAGGUUUUGUUUUAUCAUCGGCAGAAAUUAAAUGUGUCGUAGAUGAACAUUAUCAGGGAUCGGGUUAUUCAGUAGUAUUGUGAUAAAGAAUUUUUCUCAUAUUAAUUGAGUUCUCCUGACUACUCAUCCUCGGCGAAUUGAACAGGUUUCGGUUCGUGAAUUUGGAUUUUGUAUUAUCUGUUGGUAGUAAAAGAUAA